CGGUCGCGCGCUCUUUUCUCGGGACGGUAGAGGCCGUGUAGCGUCGCCGUUACUCAGAGGAGAACAGUUGGUGGAGGAUGAAGGCUUGACUAUCGACUUGAAGAAUUUUAGGAAACCAGGAGAGAAGACCUUCACCCAGCGUAGCCGUCUCUUUGUGGGCAAUCUUCCUCCUGACAUCACUGAGGAGGAAAUGAGGAAACUGUUUGAGAAAUAUGGGAAGGCAGGAGAGGUCUUCAUUCAUAAGGAUAAGGGCUUUGGCUUUAUCCGCUUGGAAACACGAACUCUAGCGGAGAUUGCCAAAGUGGAGUUGGACAACAUGCCACUCCGUGGAAAGCAGCUGCGCGUGCGCUUUGCCUGCCAUAGUGCAUCCCUUACAGUCCGAAAUCUUCCUCAAUAUGUGUCCAACGAACUGCUGGAGGAAGCCUUUUCUGUGUUUGGCCAAGUAGAGAGGGCUGUAGUCAUUGUGGAUGAUCGAGGAAGGCCCUCAGGAAAAGGCAUUGUUGAAUUCUCAGGGAAGCCAGCUGCUCGUAAAGCUCUGGACAGAUGCAGUGAAGGCUCUUUCCUGCUAACCACAUUUCCUCGGCCUGUGACUGUGGAGCCCAUGGACCAAUUAGACGACGAAGAGGGGCUUCCAGAGAAGCUGGUUAUAAAGAACCAGCAGUUUCAUAAGGAGCGAGAGCAGCCACCCAGAUUUGCACAGCCUGGCUCAUUUGAGUAUGAAUAUGCCAUGCGCUGGAAGGCACUCAUUGAGAUGGAGAAGCAGCAGCAGGACCAAGUGGACCGCAACAUCAAGGAAGCACGAGAGAAACUGGAGAUGGAGAUGGAAGCUGCUCGCCAUGAGCACCAAGUCAUGUUAAUGAGGCAGGAUUUGAUGAGGCGCCAAGAAGAACUUCGGCGGAUGGAAGAGCUGCACAACCAAGAGGUGCAAAAACGAAAGCAGUUGGAGCUCAGGCAGGAGGAGGAGCGCAGGCGCCGUGAGGAAGAGAUGCGGCGGCAACAGGAAGAAAUGAUGCGGCGACAGCAGGAAGGAUUCAAGGGAACCUUUCCUGAUGCGAGAGAGCAGGAGAUACGGAUGGGCCAGAUGGCUAUGGGAGGUGCUAUGGGUAUAAACAACAGAGGUGCCAUGCCCCCUGCUCCUGUGCCUGCUGGUACCCCAGCUCCUCCAGGACCUGCCGCUAUGAUGCCAGAUGGAACUUUAGGAUUGACUCCACCAACAACUGAGCGUUUUGGACAAGCUGCUACAAUGGAAGGAAUUGGGGCAAUUGGUGGAACUCCUCCUGCAUUCAAUCGUGCAGCUCCUGGAGCAGAAUUUGCUCCAAACAAGCGUCGUCGAUACUAAUAAAUUUGCUGUCUAUUUUCCCAAAACCUGUAAAAGAAGGACCCUUUUGGACUAGCCAGAAUUCUACUCUGGAAGAGUGUUAGGGAUUCCUCCCAAUAGUUAGGUCUUCCCUGCCUGUACUACCCUAGGGAGUAUACUGGAGGCAGAGGGCAAGGGAGGGGUAGUAUUUAACAAAUCAAUUCUGUGUGUGGUAUAUUAUUUAACAGAUCAUUUCCAUGUGGUGCAUUCCUGAAGUCUCAAGUGUGACUAUUGAGGGCAUGGAGGGAACCAUGGCAAAAAUGGAUCCAGUUAGAGCCCCGUUAAUCUUGAUCAUUCCGUUCUUUGUCCCCUCCUGUUUUAUUUGCUUUC